CCACUACUACAAAAGUUUACAUACAUAACAGUGAAUAGAUAACGGUUUUUUUCAAAAACCGUUAUGUAUGAGCGCACUUUUAGGAAUAGAUAACGGUUUUGCGAAAAUCCGUUAUCUAUGUAGUGUUGUCUAAAUGCAUAGAUAACGGUUUGAACAAUUGCGUUAUGUUUUUGCGUUAUCUAUUAGUUGCAUACAUAACGGUAUUAUAAAACUGUUAUCUAUGACCAUCUUUUAUAACAGUUAUUUUUAUAACGUUCAAGAACCGUUAUGUAUAAGAGUCAUUUACAACGGUUUUUGAACCGUUAUGUAUGAACGUCUCUAAAAACUGUUAUGUAUAAUUUUUUUUGUUAAUUUUUUUAAAAUAAUAUAAUAUUAUAUUAUAUUAUAUUAUAUUAAAAAUAACAAAUAAAUUAUUUAUCCUAAAAUCUGAAUUUAUUCCUAUAUAUAGACUUUGAGAAAAAAAAAAACUCAUAACAUUUUUUUUAUUAAAUAACACUUAAAUAAAAUCUGAAAAUAUUAUUAGAAACCUAAAUACCAAAAUUGAAUAAUAAAAAUUAAACAAAAGAAAAAGGAAAAAGAUUUUCGUUCCUAACAGCCCUAACACUUCUCUAUCUAUUUCGCCUCCCCCCAAAUCCCAAUUUGCCGCGCCUUCCCUGAGUCCGCCGCGCCUUCAUCAAGCUCCCCCAGUCGCGCCUUCAUCCAGCUCCGUCUGCCUCCGUCGCGCCUUCGUUCUUGCUCCGGCGUGUUUUAUUGGCCGAGUGUGCGGCGGCGGCAGGCUAGGGUUUUCAAACCCUAGCUGUGAUGAAGAGAAGAAACGGGUCAAAAAGAUGGGCUAGGGUUUUCCAGACUCCAGUCUUCGCGCGCCUCCACGAUCUGCCGCGCCGCUUCCUUUUCAGACCGCCGUCCGUCUGUCCACUGGCAACUCACGCACACCGCACACGGUAAGCCCUCUCUUUCAGCUGGCCUGCAGCAUCUACAGUCCUCGAACAAUGCGGUUCCUCCAGCUCAGGAUUUUGGAUAUUACAAUGGAGGCGGUCAGGGUUCGAGAAUGUACAAGAGUGUGCAGGCGCAAAGGACGUACAGUGGAGGCGAUUUGUUUGCGGAGCCGUUGACGCUGCCAGGGCAUUCACGGGAAGAAUGGCGAGGAGCUGGUUUGGCCAAAUGAGAGUAGCCCGGGGCUAUUGGAUCUGCAUUCGUUUGACACUGAGCUACUUCCGGAGCUAACUGGAAGAUCAGGGAAGCAUCUUUUCCUUACGGAUAAUGAUGGUGGGAAACUUCCACUCCUGCUUCAGAUGGUCAAUGACUCUGCUGACCUUCAUUUCAUAUCAGCAUUACGAUCUUUCAACCACCGUGUGGUAUAUGCCAACGCAAACUAUGACCAUGUGGUGGGAUGGAGAACUUCAUCAAUCCGCCGUCAAAACGAACUACCAAAGGAAAGUCUUCAUGUGAAUGAUAUGAAGUAUCCUCACAUCGUCCAUGUAGAACAGGGAAUAACUGAAGAUGUAAACAAUAAAGUAUCCUCUGCUGUUGGAACACAGGUUAUUGACUUGGAAGAGUCAAUUUCAUGCCUGGAGGAAUUUGUAUAUAUCUUUCUGGAUAUUGGAAGGUUUAAUAUGUCUGCAAGGUAUUAUAAGUUUGAUGUAUUCCAGCUGAGCCUUUGUGUGCACGCAUAUGAGUUUUUAUCAAGGGAGGAAGAUCAAGAUGGAGAUGUUACUUUCAAAAAGGGAGGAAGAUCAAGAUGGAGAUGAGCGCGAAGGAAGCCUUUGAGAGGUCGAUGAGGACUUUGUCGGAGUGGAUAAGCCAGGAAGUGAAUCGAAAUAUGUAAUGAUCUUAGAUACUUGAUACUUGGUUCAUUCGAAUGAUAAUGUACGAAUAUUUUGGAUAAUAUAUAAUAUUGUUAUUGUUGAUUUUAUCA